AUGAUGAGUUCCCAAUAAUUGAGAAAAAAUCUUGGCAUUUUUAACCAAUCUCACAGAUUAGAGAGUCAUUAAGAUGAUGAUUAAAAGUUUAAUUCUGAUAAUUAGAUUGACUACAAUGAUAAGCGCUUUUAGAAGGAAUUGGGAAUGUUUAGAGCAUUUACCUUUUCUUUAUUAUUGGUACUAUUAAUUGUAAUGAUAGUAUACAUGAACUAUAUUUUACUUGGACAAUUUUUUUUCUGCUUAUUCCUGUCUAUAAUCACUGCUACAUCUUUGAGACCAUAUAAAGAUAGAUUUAUCAAUUAUUGCUACAAAUCAGUGAAGGAAACUGAUUUUUUAUUGAGCAAAUCAAAUAUUUACUCUCUAAUUAAGGCACUUGUAAUCUUACUACACUAUUAUUACCUCAAUGGUUAGAUAUUUAUGGCUCUAAAGUUAAUAACAUCUGAUAUAAGACAAGCAUUGGAAAAAAAGCUAGAGAAAGGAAAGCUUCACAAAGUGACUAUAUUUAACUUUGUUCUAAGACUUUUCCUGACUAUUCUAAUUCUACUGCUUAGAAAAUCAAAAGUUCUUGAUUUUUUCCUUGGUAGUCAUAAAACAAAUUUCAAGGCUCUUCUUAGGAGUUAAUUUCAAUUACAAGUUACCUAGAGUACUGGCAUUGAGAAUUUGCUAAGGCAGUAUAACCUCAGAGAUGUUGAUGCUACUUUUAACUAGUAUCUAAAGGUAUCUGUAGACUAUCUCAAAAGAAACACUAAUCUAAGCCUACCUGAUGAAUUUGAUCAUGCAAAUGUGACAGACAUUGUUGACCUAAUUAAAGACAUAAUAAAACAACCUCAAAAAAUUCAUCCUGAUUUCCCCCCAGAAUGGAAUAAAUCAAUAAUAGACAAUGAUGAGAUGAUUAGGAAUUCUUAUGCUAGUGGUUUCAUCCCUUAAAAUGCUUACCCGUAUCUAGUUCUCAUUUAUACUGUACUCUAAUAAUUUGAUCUUACAUAACUAAUCAAUCAAGUAAUGACCUUCUUCAUGAAAAUAAACAGUUCAGCUUAUUCAUUGAUAAUGUUCGGAAUAUCAAAUGUUCUAGCCUUGCUGCUAACUCUGAGUAACUUUGCAUUCAAUGUGAUUCUUUAUUUUACUCUUGUCACUUAUCUUCUUCAGGAUGAGAAUGAUUUUAUUGAAAAGUUACUUUCGGUUAUUCCAGUUGAAAACUCAAUUAGGAAUAAAAUUGUGCAAACAGUCAAUGAAUCUAUUAAAGGUAUCUUCUUAAGUAAUAUUAAGAUAGCAGUGUUCCAAGCGAUAUAUACUUGGCUUUUGUUCGAUUAUUUUUAAAUAAAGUACUUAUACAUAUACGCCUUGAUUGCCUCAUUCUUUAAGAUUGUUCCCAUAGUUUCGACUUUUACAAUUGGCAUGCUCGGGGGGAAUGAGUGUAUUUAUGGGCUAUUAUGCUUUUGA